AAAACCCCCAAAAGACAAAAAUGAAAGCUUACUGGGCCCUGUUGUCUAGAUUCACUCUUAUUUUCUGCAUGCUAAACCCGUAUCUUGGAUUUUCGGAUCCCAGUGCUGGCUCCAGAGACCUCCCACUUUGGACUUAGAAACGCUUCAGCUCAGAAAGCAGUUCUGUACUCCCCACAACUGCACAAAGGAGCCACAAGGCCAAGAUCCAGAGAGGUGCGGUGAGUGCUGGGGUGGGCUGGGCUGGGCUGGGCCAGACCUCCCUCACUUGGUGUUGCUAGCUCCUCUCUCUCCAGAUCCUCUCUCUCUGCUGCCGCCUCUGAUGGCAUGGCAUCCUUGUGCCUUCCCUCGGGAAAGCAGUCUGCCAACUGCAACCCGGUCCGAAACCCCCUUCCGUGACUCCUCUCUUUUGCUCAUCUACAUCUCAGACUUUAGCCCCUAAAAGCAGCUCAGUUGCUCAGCUGGCUGUGUUUAUCUCGGAGCCAAGAUGGAGUGUGGUUGGACAAGUGGGGUCACAGGCUGGCCUUUGGGAUGUUUCCACAUGUGAGGGGCCCAAGGAGCUCCAGGGGACGACAGGGCGAGGAGGCCAGUGCAGUAGGCCAGGGGCUGAAGCAGGAAGUAGUAUGAAAAAGAAAACAGGUGGGGACUUAGGACAGGCAGCCUCUAGAGUAGUUUUCUCAAGUGCACACUGGAAUCUGGAGAGUUUCCCAAAAACUGGGAUUGGGCCCCCAGAGUGAUUUAACUGGUUUGGGGUGUGGCCCCAAGCUCUGGGAUUUUUCAGGCCCUUCAGGUGAAGGUGCAGCCGGCGUUGUGACCCUCUGCAGGUUACGUGUGACUUUGGACCCCAGCCCCCGCCGCUCACUAGCCUUGUGAGUGGGGGCAAGUCACCCAGCCUUCAGUCCCUUUUCUUAAAGCAAAGGUUUCAGUAGAUGGCAUGUUGUGUGACGUUAAGGGAAGUAGGCUGCACUCUGGCCCGACGCAGCGGCAUGGAGCUGGUCCGGGACACCUCACGCCCGCCACUGCAGUACGUGAAGGGGAUCCCUCUCAUCAAGUACUUUGCCGAGGCACUGGGGCCACUGCAGAACUUCCAGGCCCAGCCCGAUGACCUGCUUAUCAGCACCUACCCCAAAUCGGGCACCACCUGGGUGAGCGAGAUCCUGGACAUGAUCUACCAACGUGGCGAUCUGGAGAAGUGUCGCAGGGCCCCCGUCUUUAUCCGGGUACCCUUCCUUGAGUUCAAGGCUCCAGGGAUUCCCACAGGUAUGGAGGUUCUGAAAGACACACCGGCCCCACGAAUCAUCAAGACGCACUUGCCCCUGGCCCUGCUCCCUCAGACCCUGCUGGAUCAGAAGGUCAAGGUGGUCUAUGUUGCCCGCAACGCAAAGGAUGUGGCUGUCUCCUAUUACCACUUCUACCGCAUGGCCAAGGUGCACCCUGACCCUGACACCUGGGACAGCUUCCUGGAGAAGUUCAUGGCCGGAGAAGUGUCCUACGGGUCCUGGUAUCAGCACGUGCGGGAGUGGUGGGAGCUGAGUCAUACCCACCCUGUUCUCUACCUCUUCUAUGAGGACAUGAAAGAGAACCCUAAAAGGGAAAUUCAGAAGAUCCUGGAGUUUGUGGGGCGCACCCUGCCAGAGGAGACCGUGGAUCUCAUCACCCAGCAAACGUCUUUCAAGGAGAUGAAGAAGAACCCCAUGGCUAACUACACCACCAUACCCCCUGACAUCAUGGAUCACAGCGUUUCGGCCUUCAUGAGGAAAGGCGUCGCGGGGGACUGGAAGACCACCUUCACCGUGGCCCAGAACGAGCGCUUUGACGCCCACUAUGCGGAGAAGAUGGCGGGCUGCAGCCUCCGCUUCCGCACGCACCUGUGAGUGGUGCUCCCCGAGGCACGCCCGCGGCCCCGCUGCUGUGACGCGGCCUGACCCCGGGGUCGAGAAUAAAAUCCUGUUUGUGUUAACA